UCUGAAACGAGAAUCAUGUCCCAAGUUUAUGAUAUACAAAAUGCAAAAGCGCUUUUUGGCUUCCAUCGAAACUAAAAUACGCAAGAAGCAAAUUCAUGUCGCGUAUACCUACAGAAGAAAAAUCCAUUUUUUUUGCAGAGCACGUGGCAUCAUCUUACGUUUGAUCUACUGCAGCAGUGCAGCGGCUAAACAAAACUAAAUUCCUGUUCAGACAAGAAAACGAGCAGCAACUAAAAAGCCCAAUUACUUUCAAUAAAAGUCAUUUUGAUAACUUCAUCAAUACCAAAUAAAGCCAAACCCAUGAAAGAAACUAUACAGUGUAGUUUCCAAGGAUGCCCUUUUUCAAAUGGCGUGAAAAGCGCCUGCUGGCUAAACCGCAAAUUGGAGUCUGCAGGCCAAGUCGGUCGCCCUCUAUUGUUGACUACUCGCGUGUGAUCUACCGUAAAGCGGUGCGGCCAACCAUCAAGGAUAUCAAAGAGGCCGCAUGCACACCAUGAAGGAUAUCACAGAUGCCGCAUGCACCUUUAAUGUUGCCGCCAACGGUUUCUUCUUAUUGUCUAAGUACCGACCUCAUUCAAGAUUUUCAUGAUAAAGUCUGGCCUGUUCGUCUGGUGGUCAUCACUUUGGAUUUCAUCCAUCAACCGGUAGCAUCAGUUUCGUUCUCGAGUAUACCUCAAGAUGUCUACCAGCACUUUCAGUUCCCUGGUCUUUCAAGACAACGAGCCAGACUACGAGCUGCCUGUCCCAGAGCCUGGAGAGUUUGACCGCUUCCAUGACUACCUGGGCCUAGCCCGUCUCAUCACCAAGAUCACCGUAACCUCUCCAAGGACCAGCUCUGUCUCGGAGUCAUCGGAAGAUCAGUUCCUCGGACUCCAGACGCCAGACAUGGAGACGGACCAAGAGACCAGCAGUAUCGACAGCGGGUCCAACACCGGUUUCCGUCCCUUCACCAUGGACGAGCUGUCCCUUGAGACCGGGCCAUCUCGACGUGGCAAUCGGUGGUUGGUUCCCAAGCCAACCUGGUGUGUCUUUUGUAAGAACAACGGCGAGAGCGAAGCGGUCUACACCUCACACAUCCUCAAGAACAGCCUUGACAAGGUGGUCUGUCCUAGGCUACGGGCUUACAUCUGUCCGCUGUGUGGAACCAGCGGAGAUGAGGCACAUACCAUCAAGUACUGUCCAACCAACCUGGGCAGCUUGCAGCCAGCUCCGUCCAAGUCAAGACCCAGCAAUCUCGGCAUGUUCAUCAGCAGCAGACUUCUGCCGUCAGCAGAAAACAGAGUUUCCGUAUGACCGUCGCAAGGAGAAACUCCAAACCAAA